UGUUAUCAUUCAGUCAUUCCCGUGAUUAACACGAGGUACUUUCAAGAGAACACAGCUUACCAAUGGAUGAAAGCUUACUCACCCGUGAUCAAACCUCCAGCAAAUCUCGCCGAAAUUCAGGAUGUUAUUUGCCCUGUCGAUACGUGCUAGCAAUGUUGGCUUGCGCAGGUUUUUCUGUGGUUUACAUGUUACGAGUGAACUUGAGUGUGGCUUUGGUUGCAAUGGUUAAUUCGACUUACGCUAAUUCGAAGGCUUCCGCGAAUAAUCCUGAAUGUCAAAGAAACACAUCAAAAACAUCGACAGAAAAGGUAGGUGUACGUACCCUAUGCAACCGUUAAAGGACUUAAUCGAUUUGGCCCGACCCGUGUGUGAUUGUGUGGGAUUUUUUGUGUGAAAAAUACAUGUGUAUGUGAAGGUAUCAACGAUAAAAAGAAUUUAAUGAUGUCUUUAAAUCUCGGCAAUGUUCAACUUCCGUCGUAAUUAUGGUUUGGUCUUGUCACGCAACGCGCGUCAGCAACAUCUCGUUGCGUGACAAGACCUGGCAACAGUUGCUUUAUUCCCAUGUAUGACAACAAAAUUUAACUUCACAGGUUAUCUUUUUAUAAUCAAACGAAGACUUCUUUCAGCGGUGAAGGUUUCUUUUAACAUAGUAUUUACUGUUCUGAUGGCAAAUGAACUGCAUGCUGUUAUAUUGCAGGAGGGAGAGUUUGAGUGGGAUCAGGAGACACAAGGUGGGAUUAUGACUUGAUCAGUAAAUUAACCCUUAAACUCCCAGAUGUGAUUAACACGAAACUUCUCCCUAUAAUAUCCUCACAUUAUCUAGCAAACAGGUAAUGAGAAUAUUCAAACUUAUCAGAUAGAAGUUGUUAUCUUGAUCUAACACUAAAUUCUCAUAACUAAUUACAAGGAAAUGUGUAGCAGCUAGAGGGGAGAAUUAUCAAUCAGAUCUUGGGAGUUAAAGGGUUAUAAAUCAGAUCUUCCCUAUUAAAAGUUAAUACUUUAAUUCCUUAGAAUAUUUAACAUGGAACUUCUCCUGAUAAUAUCCAUAUCUUAUUUAGCAAACAUGUUAAGAGAAUAUUCAAACUUAUUGGGCAGAAGUUAUUAUCUUGAUCUAAUGUCAAAUUCUUUUAACUAAUUUACAAGGAAAUUCAAACUUAUCAGGUAGAAGCUGCUAUCUUGAUCUAGCACCAAGUUCUCAAAACUAAUUUAUGACGAAAUGUGUAGCAGCUACAGGGAGAAUUAACAAUCUGAUCUUGGGAGUUAAAGGGUUAAAUGUUGUUGAAUUGGAUUGUGAGAUGUUCAAUAACACUCUACAUCCAUGUUGUUUUGGAUACUCCAUAUUUAUAUAGUAAACUGAAUUAUUUGCAAAUUUUGAUUGGUUUCUAUUGGUGAUCUAUUUAAGGACAGGAGUAUACAGUAUAUGAGGUCACCUCUGACCACAUUUUGCUUUUUCAUUUUAUUAAACAAAUAAACAUCUUGUUGUGGUGGUUCUGUACUGUAAUGGAUCAUGGAAGACUCCAAAAUGUUAUAAGAACAGAUUCUGUUCAAUGACAUGCUCAGCUGCACCUUAUAUGCCACAACGUAAUCUGUGAUCUGUUACUGAACAGCCAUACAGCAAAAUGGAAUCUUUGUUAAAUAUGUACAUAACAUGGUAUGUGUUACAUAUAUCUUGUGUGUUUUUUAAUUUCACUCUGUGUGCACUUAAAGAAAUACCUUAAUUCCUUUUGGCACUAGGUAAACAGAGAUUUUUCUUUUUAGGUGAUUCAUGUAUAUGUUGGUCAUUUGUUAUUAGCAAUGCUCAAGCAAAUAAGCUAGGUAAAUACAACUCAUUUGAUUUCUGUUGGCAGGACUCAUUUUGGGGUCAUUUUUCUAUGGUUAUAUUAUCACUCAAGUGCCUGGUGGCUGGUUAGCUGCACGAGUUGGGGCCAAGUACUUAUUUGGUUUUGGAGUACUUUGUACAUCAAUAUUGACAUUGUUUACCCCUGCUGCUGCAAAUCACAGUGUUGGGAUGUUUAUUCUAGUCAGAAUAUUGGAGGGGUUUGGAGAGGUCAGUUUUUUGGAUUUAGUAAAGUGUAACCACUCUAAGGUGUUUAUUUCACCAAAAUCAGAUUCACUGAUGUGAACAUUUUUUAUCAGCUGAUUUAAAAGGUAAGGUGUAGUGACAAUUGAAAGGUUAACACAUUUAUUAUGAGUAAUUAUUUGCUUCUACUUUGAGUUAUUUGCUAUACUUAGAUGUGGAACUGCUUACAUUAAGCUAUCAGGUCACAAAGAAACUGAUUCACUCUGCUUUUGGAGGAAGAACAAAAUAGACAAACAAUUAAAGUGGAACUUUUGGAUAAGGAAAUGUUUAAUGCACCCAGGAAAAAAAGAGCAUAAAGACAAUUUAAUAGUUGCUUAUUUAGUUCUUUCUAUGAAUAACAAAUUUUAUGAAAUAAGUGAGAAAGAUAAGUGUCCUGAUCGCUCAAAAAAAUUAGUUUAUUCCUCCACUUAACCCGUUAUUUAUUUUUUCGGACAAAAGGCUGCACUUUCCACCAGUUUACCUAGGUAAAAACCAAUGGAGGAUGUUGGGAGAACACCAAAAAAAAUUUGUAAACCUUGUGAUUUACAAACUUUUCUCAUGUUCCCCCAACAUCCCUAUGGGUUAUUACACCACUUAUAAUAUACCUGAAAUUACUCAGUUCUGAUUGGUUAAGAUAAAUGCAGUUUUCAGGUAAUUCAAUGCAACAAGAAGUAACAAACCAGACAUUCUGAUUGGUUAAUAAUCAAAGAAGCUCAUCAGGUGAUAGAUUAGAAGUGAUUACAGUUCAUCAAUAGUUCAAAUUGAUGAAUUUUCAGUUUGGGGAAAAGAUGCAUUACUGUACAGUAAACUAAAAUAAGAGUUCAGACUGGUUUCUAGAUGAUCAUUACAAUGAAUAUUAUAAUUAUAAUCAUGAUUAUAAUUAAAUAUUAAUAAUAAUUUAUUAGCCAACUGUAUUGAUCACUACAGGGUGUGACGUUCCCAGCCAUGCAUGCCAUGUGGAGUAACUGGGCUCCACCAUUAGAGAGGAGCAAGCUUUGCACCUUGUGUUAUUCAGGUAAUAAUUUAUUAGACAAGUAUUACCAUGAAAGUUAAAGUUUUAUAUCCAAGGGUAUUGAUAAUGAAAAGUCUGUCUUGAACAUGUAAAAUUAAAUUGAUAGGCUAAUAUAACCUUUCUCUACAAAUACACUGCUGUACUAGUAAUAAGAUAACAGUAUGUCGAUCCAUGGUUAAUUAAUACAACUAAUAAAAUUCUGUUAUACUCUUAUUCAGUACAGCAUACAUUGUUCCCCAAGACCAGCCCUCCUUCAACAAUUGUAGACAUUUCUUAUUGUCUUAUCCAUGCCCUUGUUACAAUGAAGCAGUCCUGUAGACAGACAGAAUAAUGAUUACUGUAAUUAUAAAAGUGUACCACCCAUAGGUGUUUUAAGCAUAUGGCCAGAGCAGUAUUAGGGUAAAGUAAACAAAUGUUCCAUUCAAAAUUUUUUUUUUUUUACUAUUGCUUUGAUGUUGUGAGGGAUCGAAAUGCGAAUGUCCCAGGCUGUAUAUGAAGUUUUAAUUGAAUGUGUUUUAAAUUUAUAUAUAUGUCUUAAUGUUUAAUCCUCAUCAACCCUGUGUCUAAGUGGCUUCUUCCUGUUUCCCUGGGGGUAAUUUAUAAUAGAAAAUGCAUUAUACAACUUUCUAAGAGAUUAUACAUGUAUUUACUGGAAAGCACAUACACCUUUUACAUAUCUCUAGUGGAGUGAGCUUCUGUUCAAACCUUUUUUUGUAUUUAAAGCACUUCAUAUAUAUUUACUUUCCUGUUUUUCCACAACAACAGGCCUUAAUAUUGGGACAGUAAUUGGCUUGCCAUUGGCUGGUGUGCUGUGCUCAUCUGAUCUUUGGGGAGGAUGGCCAUCUGUAUUUUAUAUUUUUGGUAUGUACAUUUACACCCCUGUAUGCAUUUGAAACUGAUUAAUAAUGGUAAUAAGACCAAGUGGAGUCCACUUUGGUCUUUCAUCAUAGGAGUGAUAAACAAAAUUGGACAACCACAAAGCAGGGGUCAGAUUUGUUUAUCACAGGUAUGAUUACAGACAGGGUUGGAUGACACAAAGUCCUGUUAUCAAUUAAUCAUAAAUAUGACAAAAUUUGAGAAAGAAAAUAGACAUAUUUGAUAGGUUUUCAGGGAAAAAAAAAGCAACAUUUCUAGUAACUCAGCAAAAUAUGGGACAACAACAUGCAAACAUGACGCAUUCUGUCCACUGACACAGACAUGACAUGUUAACUGUAACUAUUAUUACUGUCCAAUUACAAGCAUGACACGUACAUGUAUAAGUGCUCAAAUCAGGCUGGUGAUAUGUUAUAGUUUUGAUUAAUACACUAAAUAAAAGUUAAAACUGUUAAUUUCUAAAUCUAGCUCAUCAGUUUUGAGCACAAGUUUGUCUGUGGUCAUUGUAUGUAAUGUUAAAGACUUAAUGGCUACUCUUGGAUGGGGAAACAAAAUUGAAUGUUUCCAGUGGAACCAGUUGUGAUUUGUUGAUAUAUAGCACAACAAAGACAUUUGAAGAAAAAAGAAUUAUAUGUAAGCGCAGUAAAACUCACACUGACAACAGUGUACUGUUACCCUCUGAUGUAGUAGACUUUGUCAUUUGCUUGCUCAGAGACUUGGGAUGGGAAACAGUAUUCUUAUUGGAUAUCAUAGGACCCCCAAAAUAACCAAUGAGAACCAGCACUGUUCGGUAAAAAAUUCCAACUUUAAAUAGCUGUAAAAAAAUUGAUUUUUGUUUAUGAUUAAUUCCUAUCAUAGGAUGGAAAUACAAUAGUAAUAAUUUUGAUUAAAUAGUAUGGAUCAAUUGCAAACAAUUUAAAUUAGGGAACAUGGAGAAGUAGGCACUGCAACAUCCAAGUUGGGGAUCUCAUGGUGUGGAAAUUUGAAUCAGCUUCAACCUUUUCUCCCCUAAAUUGACCGGCAAAGUCCUGGUCACUAAGAAUAAAGGGAAUGGUCACCAUCUGAAAAUCUAAGCUCUUGAUUGUUAAACAAAUUCUCCAUGUCAGCACCUCAGGAAAUGCAGAACAAUAAGGAGAAUAAGCUUACUAUGCUUACAGUACUUGUAAAAGGUUUAACAAUUUCUUUUUUGUUGUUUAUAGGAAUGUUAGGUAUUCUUUGGUUCAUUAUUUGGAUGAUCUUUGCUCAUGAAAAACCAGCAAAUUACCCCAGAAUAUCUAAGAUCGAGAGAGAUUACAUUAUAUCAAGUAUAGGUUCUGGACAGGACAACAAGAAAAGAGUAUGGCAAAUAAGUGUUGUUUUACUUUAUUUCAAAUUAUCUUUGUAAAGACUUGUAGUUUGUUUUUGUGUUAGCAGAAACUUAUGUGAGUUUGAACUUUAAUGGUGGUUUGAAUGAGCUGGACUCCAAGUUGAGAGGUCUGGGUCUGAGACCUGGCCUGGUCAAUAUGUUGUGUUCUUUGGCAAAAGUUUUUUCUCUCAGAGUAACUCUCACCACCCAGGAAAAUAAAUGGGUACUGGCAAAUUUUCAGGAAAGCAUAAUGAAAUGCAGGGGGCUAACCUUGCGAUGGAUUGGCAUCCCAUCCAGGAGGGGAACAGUAAUACUCCUAGUCACCUCAAGAAAUCAGGAAAAGCUGUGGGGUCAUUUGGUUUGAGUACAGACUUUAAAUUUUUUCUUUACCUGAAUUUGAGACAUUUACAUUUCAGGAGAUACAAUUUAGCUGACCACCUAUUGUGGCACUUCAGUGUCCCUCACUGAUUUUUAAAUUAUGUCCAUUCUUUUCUUUACAGAAUUAUGGCAUCCCUUGGUGUCAUAUAUGGACAUCACCAGCUGUUUGGGCCAUCACUGUGGCACACUUUUGUAACAAUUGGGGUUUUUAUACUUUUCUUACCUGCUUGCCCUCUUACUUUAAAGAAGUUCUUAAUUUUUCAAUUUCUGAGGUAAGUCUUUCAUACCUGAUCACAUUAUUUAUGUCAAAGCUUAAAUAUCAAUUACAAUUAAACAAAAUGGAAAUUUUGCAUUAGUCAUAAUUAAAUAUUGUCAUUCAGAGAGAAUUCCAUUUUACUUUAUAUGUACUUGAAUAUGCAGCUGCAAUGAUACACAGUGAAUACUGCAGGUAAAUCAGAUUUACUUGUGUAAAGAAAUAAUUUUAUUGCAGAAGGAAAUAAUUAUCCAUUUCACCCUGAUGUAAAUACCAUCACUUUUGUUAUUUGCUUCAACUUACAAAAUAUUUACAGAAAAUGUUUGGCUGAUUGGCAUGAACAUGCACAUGUUAAAACUUCACAGCCAAGUUCAUUUUUCUGAUAAUGUCAGGCCACAUUGAAUCUCCUAGUCUGUAUAUGGGUGAUGAUUGGUCAAAUUAGUGGGCAGUAUUUCACUGUGUGGCCUGAUGGUAUCCAGUCAACUUGCCGACGGUUCAACUUGCCAACACCAACUCGCCAACGCCAACUCGCCAAUGUAUAAAAUCGAGUAGAGACGUCGGCGAGUUGGUCCUAAAUCCAAUACAACUUAUUAGAAGUUAAACAUACAGAAAAGUAAACAAAAUUUAGUAAAAAAACACUGGUGAACAUUGGUGAACAUCAAACAGAAGCUUAAACAUUGGUGAACAUUGGUGAACAUCACCAAUGAAUAUUAGCAGCUUAAGACAUGAACAAGUUAUAACUUGUUUGCAUCUGAUGCUUUUAUAGUCAUUGCCGAUGUUUAUCUUGUUUUAUUCGCCUUGAGAUCUUUAAAAACUUUGUUACAAAUAAAAAGAAUUUUUUGUUAAUGAAGAUCUUGACUAGAAAGCCAAGUUUUAAUUAAUUUUAAAAUUUUAGCUUUUUUACCCUUUACGGUGGCUAAUUUACGUUUUCAACCCAGUUGUUAACACUAAAUUACCUGCUAUACUCUCCCACCGACACAGCACCAGUUUCUUUAGAAACUUACCCCUCUUUCUUUAAAAAAAUCUGAACAAUUGACAUGAUGACUCUUUACGGUGUUGUUAUCACACAUAACUUGUUCGCGUCUGAAGCUGUUAUAGUCAUUGGUGAUGUUUACCUUCUUUGUUCGCCGUGAGGUUCUUAUAAACUUUGUUGGAAGAAAAUUUUUUUCUUUUACUAAAGAUCUUUUACUUUUCUAUAUGUUUAACUUCUAAUAAGUUGUACUGGAUUGAAGACCAACUCGCCAACAUUUCUACUCGAUUUUAUGCGUCGGCGAGUUGGCGUUGGCAAAUUGAACUGUUGGCGAGUUGACAGUAAUUCGGCCUGAUGACUUCACAAUUCUGUGUGAAUUGAAAUCUCACCCUCUCUCAGUUCAACCCAGAACUUUAUUAAAUAUCUCACUGACCUUGUCUUUUCAAUCAUUACUGAAAGUUAUGGAACCUUGUUGCUGAAUGUGGUCCAUAACUUACAGCACAGACCUCAAACUGGGUUUAAUGGAAGUUUCUUAUUUUAUACAGUACUAGAGUUGUGUAUUGUUUUACCCUCCCCGUUUACAUCAUCAUGGCUUAGAAGUACCAAAUAUUGACAUUCCAAUGCUAGCAGUAUGCAGGAAGUUUGUCACUAGUGACCUAGUUAAACGGCCUAGCCUGCCACAAGUCUCCUGUAGCUCAGUGGUAGAGCAUCUGAAGUACUAAUCAGAACUUCAUAGUUCAAGUCAUAUUGGUAGCACUCAGGUGUCUUAUUUCCACGCAUGUCUCUGUCAGAGGAUACCAUUAUCUGUCAUUCACUUUACCUUACUAGUACACAUGCACCUUAUGCAAUAAUAUUUAAUUAUCAAGGGUUCUUUUCACCAGUUAUUACUUCUUUGUUUUUGAAAGGACUAAAAAUUCUUCUUUCAAUUAUUUUUUCAUGCAUCAAUGAUUUAACAACUUCUUGUUAUUUCUGUUACAGAAUGGUUUUGUUUCUGCCAUUCCCUUUUUAUUAGCUUUUUUUGUUUCGGUUGGUGGGGGACAAGUGGCAGAUUGGUUGCGUUAUGGCAAAAUAUUAACAACUGGAGAGGUUCGCAAAGUAUUUGGUACUGGAGGUGUGUACUUGUCAUCCUGUGUGAUGCAUUCUUCAUUAAAACUUUAUUAUUGUGAAGUUAUGAUAAAAUUUGUUCCACUUUUCCAUUGACAUCUAGGGUCAUUUACUACAUUAGUAAUACUUUAGCUGAAAUUGUCUAUGUUGUGGAACCAAGGGAACUCACUCUCAUAAAGACAAAGGGUGAAAUCCAAAAAAACCAUUUGGAAUUGUUAUGCACAGCAUCUUCCUCUUCCCUCUUCCAUGCAUCUGCAUGUACAUGAACUCAAAGUUUUACUUCCUUUUUGAAAAAUUACAAGCUUAUGUACAUGUACAGUACCUUGGAUCUUUGUUUGUGAUCAGUGUGGACAGUAUUUUGCCUUGUGUUUGAACAUAAUGAUUUUUCCAUAUAGUGGUUUUUGUAUUCAAUACACAACAUAGGUAAAACCACAAGUACUGAUAAGAGCUCCAUGAUAUGAAUGACCCUUUUAAUUAUAAUUAUGUAUUAUUUUCAAGGUUUUCUCAUUCCUACAUGUCUUAUGGUGUCAACAAGUUAUGUUGGUUGUGAUGACACAACUCUAGCUGUUGUUUUGUUCUCACUUGCUCUUGGAAUGUUAGCACUUAAUACAUCUAGCUAUAAUGUCAAUCACCUGGAUAUUGCCCCAAGAUAUGCUGGGGUCCUCAUGGGAAUUACCAACUCAGCAGCAACAAUUCCUGGGAUGGUUGGACCCUACGUGGUUGGUUAUUUAACCAAUAAUGAGGUAUCAUACUUUGAUUUCAAUUUUUUGAUUCAUUUUUCCCAAAUGAAUGCAUAUUUGUAUUCAUUAACCCUUUAAACUCUAAGAGUGACAUUUAAUUCCUAUUUGUAAUAUCAUUUCACUUGUUUCUUACAACUGUAUCUAGUAAUACUGCUGAAUCACUUGAUAAGAUCAUGAGAAUAAAGGAAAUGAUCACCAAUCUAAGCAGCUUUGAUUGUUAAAAGAAUUCUCCUCGUCAGUACCAGAGGAAAUGUAUGGAGAACAGUAUGAAGAAUAUAGAUACUGAUAUUAGGGUCUAAAGGGUUACCACUUGCUUUUGGAAGGGUGGAUGGAGUGAAGUUCUUAGUAAGUUAUGAUGUAACAUCAACUUCCCUGUGUAGUACAAAUGAAUACUAGACAAUUGAUAAGAGAAUCUAGCAGUCUAUCACAUUUUUGUUAGGGCUUUUUUUUUCAAUGCAUAUCUUUAUUUUUCAAGUGUGGUAAUCCAUAGUGUUUGCAUGGAGGAGCUAUCCUCUCCCUGUGAAAAAGGUUUCAGUAGGCCCAGGUAUCUCCCAUACCCUGCAGCUUUACGUAGGACUCCAGUCCUUUAAUUGACACCCUCUAAGUCAUAUUAAGUCCUGGUUGGUUCCCUUUGUAGUUUACUCCCAUUUCUCAACAAUUAUGUAGAUAUUUCCUGCUCUACAUUUAUUUUAGCCUUACCUGCAACUGUACAUGAUUGUGUGAUGAAAACAAUUCUGAGUUUCUCAUCAUUGAAGCCAAUGGUGUAGAUGCAAGCCAUGAUUUAGAGGAAAAUUUCAAGUUUGCUUUCCAGGAGUUCAUUUUUUUAAAUUUUAAAUUCAGGGGUUGUUGCUUCAACGCUAUUGAAAUGUAUAGUAUUUAGACAGGAGAGCAAACGUGAUGCUCUGGGAAUAUAAAAAAUACAAGGACAAAAGAAAUUGCCAAUAUCUGACAUUAGCUCUAAUUUAUUUUCCUUUUUACCUCCCAAUUCCCUUGCUCUCUGUGAUCCUCUCAUUCUUUCUUCCACCAUUUCCUUUCUUCAUGCAGCUCAAAUUUCUCUAGUUCGAGAGAAAAGAGCCGAGGCCCUCCCCCAAAAGAGCACCCACCCCCUAGGAUAAUAUCAAACAAGCGCUUCCUUGAAUAAGUGCAUCCCCCCUCAGGGUACUACAAAAAGCCUGUUUCUGUUGCUACUUAAAUUGUAACUUUUUAAGCUUCAACUACAAUGGAAUCAGUACAGGUUAACAAUUCUUAAGAAGUGCCCUCCUUUCAAGAAAUGGCCCUCCUUUUAGCCAGAAUUUAAAAUGAGCACCUUGGUGCUUAUUCUAGGAAUGCGGUAUUCCAACUUUUGAUUAUGUUAUGUUGUUUUUGACCAUAAAAUUUAUUUUUAUCAUUUCAGCCAACAAGGGCACAGUGGCAGAAAGUAUUCUAUAUAUCUGCUGGUAUUUAUGUUGUUGGCUGGAUCGUUUAUAUGCUUUUGGGAAGUGGCAAGCAGCAACCAUGGAACACUCCAUUUGAGGAUCUUUUGGUGCCCAUUGAUAUUCCCAGGGAGCCAAGAAAACCUGUUUUGACUGAUCUCCUUCCACUGAACAAUCCAGAAUAUCAGUUUACAGAUGCAUCUCAACCUGGAGUGGAACAGUGAUUUUUUUUCCGGCCUGUUCUUCACACACUUAUUAGAGGAGAAUGGCUAUGAACACCAUCUGUGUUUUAUUUGAGUUUAGGUUGGGUGCUGAGUGACUGCGUACAAUCUUUCCUUUGUCUUCGGGGGAAAAAGGGCAGAAACAAAAACAAAUUUUUAAGGAGUGUAAUGACAUUAUCUCGGUAAACAAAUGCCAGAUUUAAAUUUUGAUGGUUCUACUUUUUUAACUUUUCUGUCAUCAUUACAAAAAAUUUUUUGAAUUUUAAAUAAUUUUAAUGUGGAGAACAAUAAUGGUUUUAUAAUGACAGAAAAUAAGAUUUUAUGGACAUCCCAAACCCAGAUCUUUUGAUGGAGUUCAUUUUCCUUGACUGCAAAUUUCAGAGCA